GGAGGAUCGAGAACAAAGGAGGGAGGUGAGGUGUGGUAAUUCUUGGGUCCCGUCGCUUGGCAAGGCAUUGAAGAUCUGCCAAGGAGGACCCCAGGACCGUUUGGCCCCGUGCGCCGGGGACGGUCCAGGAUUAAGCUCAACGGCUGCCCCACGGGAGUCGGGAUGAUGACGAUUGGGGGGUUCUGACAACGGCGUUGCCUCGGCCACACUUUAUUCUGGCAGAAGUCCCAUACCGGCCAAUCCGAUGGACACGAUGAUGGCAAGGCGUCGAGCUUUGGGUAGCGUGCAUUUAUCCUGCACGACCUUGAGGAAGUCACCUGCUGUUGUCAGAAUUGUAUGGAUACCUACCUACAGUGCCUAUUUACACACCAAUGGGCGUAUUGCAACGUCCCCUCCCACCACCAAAGCAGCCGUUGAAACGAACCACGGCAUAUGCCGCCCGCAUCUUUGUUUUUUUUUUUUUUCCUACUACUCUUGCGGCGGGGAAUUUUCUCCACCAACCGGUUUUAUCUGUGUGAGUAAAACGCCACGUGAAUAUGGGGGUAGAGACGAGUAUCAGAGGAUGAGGCUUCAAGGUUUCUGAUGGGGCAAGUAACACUGCAAGGAUGGCGGUGAUUAAGAACAAUAAAAGCACGAGAGACAUUUCGGAACAAUUUUCAUCUGGCCUUGCGGGAACUCGCAGGGUUACUGGCAUGGUGAGGUUCGGUGGGCCAAUUAGGGGGGGCACCUGUUUGGGGUAAUAUAUUCAUGGUCUUGGGUUGUACGAUGGUUGGCAAUGAGAUGGUAAGCUUAAUUCGUUUAUUGGGAGGGAGAAGGGAGGAGGCAUGAGAACGGGCCGGAUGGGAUGGGCUGUGGGAGGAGGUUGUGCAACGUUGGGUUUUACUUACUGGACAGGAUGGAUAUUGGUCGUAUGCGGUACCUAUGGUAUGGAUGGGGCGCCGUUGACAUCCGGGGAGGUGUUCCCGGUUGAGUGGGAGAUGCAAAAAGUGCCAUGCUUUCCUACGGGCGCGGACCUUGGAAAGAGAGGAAAGCUUUACGCCUCGUGGGCUCAUGUGGGCGCUGCUUUCUCGUCUCGUAUCCCACCUUCUACUUUGGGGGAGGGUCACCGACACUGCUGACUGCUGAUCGUUUGGUUGUUUGGUGGUUUUAUAUCAGGUCGUGCCAUGGUCAAAAAUUUGGUUGUGCUUGAUCAACCGACAGCACUUCUUCAGCGGUGCUCGAGGCUGUUCAGACACCAUGUAUCAGGCAAGCAAUGUUUACUUUAUAUGCGGGUUUGCCGCCAUUGGCGGCGCCCUCUUCGGCUUCGACAUCUCGUCUCUGUCGGGCACCCUAGGCACCCAAGCCUACAAGCGCUACUUCAGCAACCCAGUUUCAUACACACAGGGAGGCAUCACCGCCUCCAUGCCCGCUGGCUCUUUGCUGGGAUCUCUCGUCUCGUCCUUCCUGGCGGAUAAGUACUCGCGCAAGGUGGCGCUACAGAUCUCUUGCGUGCUAUGGAUCAUCGGUUCCAUUCUCAUGACGGCCUCCCAAAAUGUUCCGAUGCUGUGUAUAGGCAGGGUGGUGUGCGGUUUCUCGGUUGGCAUCGCGUCGGCGAUUGUGCCAGUGUACCAGAGCGAGAUUGCGCCCAAGGAGAUCAGGGGCAGAGUAGUGAGCUUGCAACAAUGGGCUAUCACGUGGGGUAUCUUGAUUCAAUAUUUCAUCCAGUUCGGAGCUGCUCAUGGCACUGGAGGUGGACCAAGCGAUCCCGAUCAACCAACCGCCGCCUUCCGAAUCCCAUGGGGCAUUCAAAUGGUGCCUGCUGUCAUCCUCUUCGUGGGUCUCUUCUUCUUCCCUUACAGUCCUCGUUGGUUGGCGUCCAAGGAUCGAUGGGAGGAGGCUCUCCAGGUUUUGGCGAACCUACAUGGGAAGGGAAAUACUCGCCAUCCCAAGGUACUGGCGCAAUAUCAGGAGAUUGAAGAUGCCUUGAAGUUUGAGAGAGAGCAGGCUGUGUCUUCAUUCAAAGCCCUCAUUGAGCCAAGAAUGUUGAAGAGGGUGGCACUGGGCAUGAGUAUUCAGAUGUGGUCUCAGCUGUGUGGCAUGAACAUCAUGAUGUACUAUAUCGUCUACAUCAUGGAAGGCGCCCAGAUUGCCUCUCCUUUGGCUACAGCAUCGAUUCAAUACGUCAUCAACGUGGUGAUGACCCUACCAGCCAUCCUCUUCCUCGAUAAAUGGGGCCGUCGUCCCUCCCUGAUCUAUGGAUCAUUCGGCAUGAUGACUUGGCUAUUCAUUUCUGGUGCCCUGCAACAAUAUUACGGACAGCCCAACACGGAGGAGACGAGAACGCCCGACAACAGCGACAUCACCUGGAUUGUUAUUAACAACCGGCCUGUUUCGUCCGCCAUUGUCUCGUGCUCGUACUUGUUUGUCGCUACAUUCGCCACGACUUGGGGUCCUGUCUCGUGGACCUACCCAGCGGAGAUUUUCCCGUCCAAGAUCCGUGCCAAAGCUGUUUCGCUUUCAACAUCGGCUAAUUGGUUCUGGAACAUGGUACUUGCCUUUGCCGUGCCGCCGCUGUUGUGGAACAUCUCUUACAAAAUGUACUACAUCUUUGCUGCGUUUAACGGGGCGGCUUUCAUCCACAUGGCACUGAUGGCGCCAGAGACGAAGGGGUUCACACUGGAGGAGAUGGACGAGGUGUUUAACUCGGGGAGGCCAGCUUGGAAAAAGUUUGAUAGGGGAAGCAGGUUGGAGGAGCUGGAGAGAGAGAUUGAGAGGGGGAAUGUCAAGGUCUCGGUGCCUCCUGGUGGUCGACCCGUGGCCGGCGAUCCAGAGCAGGGCGUUGAGUUGAAGAAGGUGGCUACUCCUCCGGCUGGAAACCCUAUCUCAUGAGGCUUAGGAGCAAAUGGGAAGACUUGGGAGCAGCGGUUGGUUUUCCGGCGGCUUUUGAUUACCAAAAGGGUUGUUAGGUUGAGAAAACCGGGGACAUUUGGCUUUUGAAGGUCUGUUGAUGGGGUGGAAUCUAUCUACUGUUCCCACAUGCAUAGGCGAGCGCAUAGCGGACUGUUAAA